AUUGGAUAUGCCCGGAGUGCUUCUGCUUACUGAAGUUGCAAAUGGAGCAGACUAAGAAAUCAAAAGCUUAUCCUGAGAAAGGAUUCUUUGAAAACAUAAAGUUGAGCCUUUCAAAGAAACCACUGCCAUCUCCCACUGAUCGGAAGAACUUUGACCAUGACUUUGCCAUCUCUACUUCCUUUCAUGGAGUACACAAUAUCGUUCGAAACCGGAGCAAAAUUCGCAAGGUGAUCUGGUUGGUGGUGGUCCUGGGCUCCAUCUCCCUCGUAGUAUGGCAGAUCUACAGUCGCUUGGUCAACUACUUCACAUGGCCAACCACAACGUCUAUAGAGGUUCAGUAUGUGGAAAAGAUGGAGUUCCCAGCAGUGACAUUUUGUAAUUUGAACAGGUUCCAAGCAGAUGCUGUAGCAAAAGUUGGUGCUAUUUUUUUUUUAUGGCAUAUUGUAUCCAAAGUUCUCCAUCUUCAAGAAAUCAGUACCAACACCACGGGCUUUAAAGAGGCUACUGAUUUUGUUUCAAGUCACCAAAACUUCAGCAUUGCAGAAUUUAUCAAGAAUAAUGGUUUUUAUCUCAACAGUAGUACUUUGUUGGACUGUGACUUUUUUGGAAAGCCAUGUGGCCCAAAGGAUUUUGCACAUGUCUUCACUGAAUAUGGAAAUUGUUUUACUUUUAAUCAUGGUGAAUCUAUGCAAGCAAAGAAAAAAGUGAGUGUCUCCGGAAGAGGGUUAAGAUUGCUCUUCAAUGUUAAUCAGGAAGAAUUCACUGAUAACCCCACUCUUGGUUUCGUUGAUGCUGGGAUCAUCUUCGUUAUCCAUUCACCGAAAAAGGUGCCGCAGUUUGAUGGUUUAGGCUUGUCCUCACCUGUGGGGAUGCAUGCACAGGUGACCAUUCGCCAAGUGAAGACAGUUCAUCAAGAAUACCCUUGGGGAGAAUGCGAUCCUAACAUCAGGCUACAUAGCUUUAGUACCUACAGCACGUCUGGUUGCUUGAAGGAAUGUAAAGCCCAGCACAUAGAAAGGCGAUGCGGAUGUUUGCCUUUUCUGCUUCCUGGAAAUGGGAUAGAAUGUGACUUACAAAAAUACUACAACUGUGUUUCUCCUAUACUUGACCACAUCGAAUAUAAGGGAUUGUGUACAAUGGGAACACAUAAUUCUAGCUGCCCUGUUUCUUGUGAAGAAACAGAAUACCCUGCAACUAUUUCUUAUUCCACUUUUCCAAGUCAAAAAGCUUUGAAAUAUCUUUCCAAGAAGUUGAAUCAAAGUCAGAAAUACAUCAGGGAGAAUCUUGUAAACAUUGAAAUAAACUAUAGUGACUUAAACUAUAAGAUAACCCAGCAGCAAAAAGCAGUGAGUGUGUCUGAGUUACUUGCGGAUGUUGGUGGUCAGCUGGGCCUAUUUUGUGGGGCCAGUCUGAUUACAAUUAUAGAAAUUAUUGAAUACAUAUUCACCAAUUUCUACUGGAUAUGCAUUUUCUUUUUGUUGAAGAUACCUGAAAUGACCCAGGGGACUCCUCCACCUCAGAAUCACCUGGUUAAUAAAAAUAGGAUACAGGAAUGCUAAUGUUCAUUUAGAAUAAAACCAUUUGUGUUUCUCUUCACAAAACCAUUGAAUUUAUCAUGACAAAUUCAUCACUAUGUGAUUUAAUGGUGUAUUUUUUGUGGUUCAAUAAAAGCCAUUGAAGAU